AUGCGCUUGGCGGUCAUGGUAGUGAUGGCUUUGGUCUUAUCUGUAGAGGGACUGGAAUUCAAGAAAAGAGAUAGAGCGAAUGCUGAUUUGAUGAAUCGAGAGAAGCGCGCGACAGAAUCUGGCGUCCUUGACCUGCUAUUUCAGUUUGGCGACUCAAACAAGGACGAUAGAUUAGAUGAAAAGGAGGUUCGAAGUUUAUUUUGUGGGCAAUUGUUCGCCUCCCAAGUCAACGACAUUGUCAUUGCCCUCAUGUCACGUGACUCUGAUCAAUCUAAUAGUCUAGACCUCAAUGAAUGGCGAUCCAUUGUGUUUUCAGAAGCUGAGUUGCAAACAUUCCGGAAUUCUCCAAUGUUCAAUAUCCUGGCCUAA